AGCACCAUGCAAGUCUGCCUGGGGAGAUGCAUCAGAGCCAUUGUGUCCUUAGUCAUCCUGGGGUUCUUUCUUCAAGACAAUGAAACAACACCUGUGGAGUAUAAACUGUCGCUGAUUGAAAAGAUGAAAAUAAUGCAGCAGAUAGCUCAGGAGCAAAUCAACUCGGAAAUCAAGAAUCAUUUGAAAUACUUCACAGAGAUGCAGAAAAUUCCUCCUGUACUUCUGCAUGCCAACUAUACACUCCUGGCUGGAGCUCCUUUCCAGCCAAAGAGGCUGCUGACGGUGGGGAUCUCCUCAAGGCAGCAUACCCACAGGAGUUGCCUCUUGGACACCCUGAAGUCCUUAUUUGAAGCUUCCUCAGAACAGGACCUAGAAUAUAUGCUGGUAUUGGUUCUUCUAUCAGGUACUGACCCCCAGUGGCUCAAUGAAACAGCUGCCAACAUUUCAGGUCUCUUCAGGCCACACAUUGAAUUUGGUAACCUGAUGGUGGUCCAUGGUCUGUUUGGUGGCUCCCUAGCGAAGAGCAGAAAUCAUACUUCACCCUGUGGAAAGCUUUAUUCUAGGCAGAAAACAAGUUCUGUCCUCCUCAUGAAUUUCGCCCAAAACUUCUCUGACUACUUCCUGUUGCUGGAAGAUAACGUGAGGUGUGCCCCCAGGUUUCUGGCUGACAUCUACUGGGCACUGUCAGCCUGGAAACAACUCCCUUGGGUGAUCCUGGACUUCUCCAGCAUGAAGAUCUCUGGGAAGGUUUUCCACACCAGGGACCUCCCUCGCCUGAUCUCCUAUUUGCUUCUCUUCCCAAAGGACACUCCAACUCACUUGCUUCUCUCUGAAUUCAGUCUUCUCUUGUCUCAAAAUGUUCCUAUUCGCUUCAGUUCCUCCAUCUUCCACCAUACGGUCAGUUCCUGUAAGUUUGAAGACACAUGCUUUCCUGUGGAGCAGGACAAGGACUGGGGCGAACCAGAUAACCCUGUUGCUACUGUCUUCACGGACAUGAUCUCAUUUUGGAAUUCGGUUGCACAGUAUGCCUACAUUCUCAAUGAUGACUGCUUCUGGGCCAGAGACCCUGUAAGAGGCAACUACUUGCUGGUGGUUCUGGAUAAGCCACAAAAGAUCAUCCGGGUAGCAGUGCUGACAGGGAUUAGAGAGAGUAAGAAUAACUACCUACAACAUGGGCAGCUAUUGCUGGGCUAUAGCCCCAUGGACUACCCCAAGCGCUGUGCUCACUAUACCUUGGUAGGACCAUUGGUGAGAGGUCAGUUGGACCAGAUAGUGUUUUAUGAAGAAGGCUCUGUGCAGGAGAUCAGUUGCAUAAAACUUCUGGUGACAGAAUCUCAUAAUUCCUCAGUCAAGAUCACACAGAUUCAAGUCUGGACAGAAAUGGAGGAAGAGGAUUCCUGGAGG